AUGACGACCUCUACGGAAAAUGACGAAAAGUUUGUUUAUGUGCUAUACCAUUACACACCAACUCUACCUGGUGCCAUCGUGGCCUUCUCCAUUUUUGCCAUUCUAACGUCAUUGCAUCUUUGGCGCUUGAUACAUAAUCGCGCACGUUAUUUUAUAGCCUUUACAAUCGGCGGCGUUUUUCAACUAGUCGGUUACGGAUUCCGCAUAUGGAGUCACUUCAACAAGGAAAACGUACUGCCCUUCGCAAUGCAGAACGCUUACAUCCUACUCGCGCCUGCGCUGUAUGCUGCCUCUAUCUAUAUGAUCCUCGGUCGCCUUAUUCGCACUUGCCAUGCUGAGCAUCUCUCCCUUAUACGAGUUGAAUGGGUCACUCGUAUCUUUGUUGGAGGUGACAUUGCCGCCUUCUCCAUUCAGGCCAGCGGCGGCAGCAUGGCUAUGUCAAGCUUUAAACUAUUCAAAAUAGGUGAGAAGGUCGUCAUUGCCGGUCUUUUCGUCCAAGUACUCAUUUUUGGAUUUUUCGUCUGCACGACUGUGCUCUUUCAUCGCCGCAUACUUAGCACGCCGACUGAAAUAACUCUCCAGGGUGCUCUGCCCUGGCAGCGUCACUUAUACGUGUUGUAUAGUACGAGCGGCAUCAUUCUUGUGCGGAGCAUAUUCCGCAUUGUCGAAUACAUGGAGGGGAAUGGUGGUUUUCUCGUCAGCCAUGAGGUAUUUCUCUAUAUCUUUGAUACGCUCCUAAUGAUUGCCGUAAUGGGGAUCUGUCUAGUUUGGUAUGUUGGCGACCUGGAGUCUAAAAAGCAGAGUAAAGAGCGCUACCAACGACAACCAAACAUGUCAACUGAGGACUCGCUAGAGCUAGGAGUCCAACCUCAAAAGUAG